AUGUCAAAAUAUUUACUGUAUUGUGUUAUUAUUUUAGGUUAUCUUUCGAGAGUACAAUCAAAAUUGGAUUAUGAGAAAGAAACAAAAAUUUACAAUGAUAUAAGAUUAAAAUUUCCACCAGACCCUUGUGAAGAAGUCAACUUGGAUAUGCCAGACUUUACAGCCCCGGGACGGCGUGUGAGUGAAGUCAAAUGUCUGGAGUAUACGUGGCAAAUGAGAAAUAAUCAAAUAAAGUCGUUAAGGGUGGAUCUAUGUGAAUUGUCAAAAGUUCCAUGGGACGGGCUGAUAGGGGGAGGCAACGCUUUUGUAGGAGAAUAUCCUCACAUGGGAGCUCUCGGUUGGAAGGCAAAGGUUGGUGGUUGGACUUUUAAAUGUGGGGGAACACUUAUAAGCGAGAAAUUCGUAGUGACAGCGGCUCACUGCUCCCAAGUUCGUAAGAUCGAUCAGACUGUUGCUGACGUCCACCCUAAGAUUGUGAGACUUGGCAGUAGAAAUAUUUUAGACAACAAUCCUGAUGGAGAACAGGCGUAUGAUGUCGGGAUUCUCAAAUUUAUACCCCACAACCGCUACAAGGCACCACGACAAUAUUAUGACAUUGCACUCGUGGAACUAGAAAAAGAAGUGCCUUUCCAAUUUCGCGUGCAUCCCGCUUGUCUUUGGACUAAAUUUGAAAAUCCUGAAAGGGGGAUAGUGACUGGAUGGGGUGUGGUGGAUAGUAACACUCGUGAAGUCUCUCCUGUAUUACAAAAGGCACCAAUUACAUUAAGAGACUACGACGAAUGUGAGGCAAAGUUGGAGGUUAAACGAAAUAGAAACUGGCAAGGUUUCCUUCGGCAUCAGCUCUGCGCAGGAGAGAAGGCGGGAGGCAUAGACACUUGUCAGGGUGAUUCAGGGGGACCUCUCCAAAAACUGAUACCUUUAAACCGGGAACCUGGGUGGCGAUACUACUAUCUCUAUCACGUCAUCGGCGUGACUUCCUUCGGGUUUGGGUGCGCUCAACCUGACACGCCCAGCGUGUACACACGCAUCGCCAGUUUUCUCGGCUGGAUAGAAAACAUCGUGUGGCCGAAUAAUUCCACGAUGGAAGAUAAUCGAUUUUUUUUA